GUAAUGCUUGUGUUGUCUUGCUGCAGAAGUUUACAUGCAACAGCAUCUUUUGUUUUUGUUUUGAGUUUGUUGUGUUAGAGGCAAGGAUAAUGUGAAAAAGUCAUGGACACAGGUGAUACUGAUUGGAGUAAUUUGAGCUUGGGUGACCGAGAGGACUCUCUCAAUGCUUUCCAGAAGCAAGAUGAAUCUUCAAUAGGCUCAGUGGACAAUCGUUCAGAUCAAGUGUACGAUGCUCAGGGCGAAGAUGACUUUGCCAGUUCUCUGGGCAUCUAUGAUGGGUAUGACAGCUACAACGAGAGUGUUGUCAGCUCAGACAACGAUGAUUUGGACACCAGUCUCCUUGAGGACGAGUUUCUUGAUACUGAUGAGAGUGUCAGCAAGUAUAGAUUCCUAAAUAGCAAGGAUGGAAUGGCAACAUGUGAAAGAUGUGGUGCUGUGGGCGUCAAACAUGCCUUCUACUCCAAAUCCAAACGAUUCUGCAGUCUUUCCUGUUCUAGAAGCUACGCCACAUAUCAAAGAGAAGGAAAACCCGUUCCGCCAAAGCCAACCCCUCCAGCUGCCGUGAAAAAGGGCAAACCUGGUUCCAAGAAAAUCAACCCUAAAACACAACCAAGCUUGUUCAAAGCCUCACUUCGAGGAGAGACCGGACGAGUUUUUGAUUGGGGACCGUAUUUGGUCAGUUCCCAGGCUAACGCUGCUCCUGUUUCUUGUUUCAAACAUGUGCCUAUGAAUGAUUGUUGGGACCAGAUGGUAGAUGGUGUUCUUGUAGAAGUGCCUAAUACUGACCUUGAUGUGCCGAAAGACGUAAAAGUUUAUUGGAUUGCUACUGUAUUGAAGAUUUGUGGUUACAAAGUCCUUCUCAGGUAUGAGGGUUUUGGCAGUGAUGGUUCAAAAGAUUUUUGGAGCAAUUUGUUGUCAGAAGAUAUGCAUAAUGUUGGAUGGUGUGCAACUUAUGGAAAAAUGCUCUCUCCACCAAAAGCCAUUAAAGACAAGUAUGUAGACUGGAAAGAAUUUCUCAUCAAGAGACUAACUGGCACUCGUACCAUACCUCCUCAUUUUUAUGCCAAGAGUCAGGAGUGGCUGCACGAGCACAAGAUGAAGAUGGGCAUGCAGCUGGAGGUGGUCAACAAAAUGUGUGUCUCCGCCAUGAGGCUGGCGGUCAUCAAGGACAUCAUUGGCGGCAGGCUCAGGCUCAAUUAUGCCGACAGUGGGGAUGAGAUUGACGAGUUCUGGUGCCAUAUGACAUCUCCAUUAAUCCAUCCGAUCGGAUGGUCUCAGAUCAUUGGACACAAACUUCACGCUUCCCAUGAUUAUAUCAAUUCCUGUUUGAGUAAAGUGACAAUGCAAAAGUAUGGCGCUACUGAUGUCACACCAGACAUGUUCCCAAAGGUAAAAGAUCCCCCACAUGGCCUGGCCUUCCAAGUGGGUAUGAAGCUUGAAGCGAUAGACCCACUCAACUUGUCUGCCAUCUGUGUUGCAACUGUUACAAAGGUUCUUCGAAACAAUUACUUGAUGAUUGGUAUUGAUGGUUCCAUGGCUGAAAAUGGCAGCGACUGGUUCUGUUACCAUGCCACUUCCCCCUGCAUCUUCCCUGUUGGUUUCUGCGAGAUCAACAACUUGAACUUGACUCCUCCAAGAGGUAUCAAAACUCCUUUCAAGUGGUUUGAUUAUUUGAAACAAACCAGGUCAAUGGCUGCACCAGUUAAACUUUUUGACAAGGAAAUUCCAAAACAUGGGUUCCGUGUUGGAAUGAAAGUGGAGGCAGUGGAUCUCAUGGAGCCAAGAUUGAUUUGCGUGGCUACUGUAACUAAGGUUGUGGGACGUCUCCUCCGCAUUCACUUUGAUGGCUGGGAGAACAACUAUGACCAGUGGAUAGACUGUCAAAGCCCGGACAUAUAUCCCGUUGGCUGGUGCGAAGUGAUGCGGCAUGGCCUUGAAGGGCCCAGGACCAGAUUGGAAGGAGCUCCAGCAGGGAACGGGCCAGUGAAUUCGAAGAAGCGCAAAGGAAAAACACAAAUCUACAGAGGACCGCGGAAGAAGCGGACUUCAGGGUCGGAUAAAAAAGCAAGAGAGACAACAAAAUCUGCCUUCACAACCAUUGAUUCGGGAUUGAGAAAUCAGCUAGUAACCAGUGCUGGAGCCCCAACAUUGAACCGUGACCCCAACUUCCCACCUCAUAAGAUGCUGUCUCCCGAGGCUGUGGCUGCCACCUUGCCUCCUCUGCUGGAGCCAGACAUUGAGGACAAGUCUGUUUCAGUAAAAACAGAGAUGGCCAGUCCAACACCAGGCACAGAUGCCAACCCUCCCAUCCUUAGUCCCCAUGGGAAAAUGCCACAGCGCUUCUCCCAAGAACUGGCGGAGCGUCUGAGGGCCAAUACCCCUCUCAAAUCUUCCCUCUCCGUGUCUGCCAUCAACGGGAACAGCUCGCUGUCAGAGAAGGCUGCCAAGCCUGGUGCUACCCCGCAGAGCAGCCUGUCGUUCAAGUCCUCGGCAGACAAGGACUCGAUGGAGUCUAUGUCUAAUCUUGUCGCAUCCUCGUCCUCCGUCCUUGGUGACUCGGAUCUGACGGAGGAGACCGGUGGAGGGGUCAUCGUCCUCACCCUGUCCUCCAGGUUACGGGCCUUACACCUGACCAAGUGGAGCCUCUCAGAUGUUGUGGAUGUGCUCAAAGUGAAUGGAUGUGGAAUUUACACCAAUAUGUUUAUCAAAAAGAAUAUCGACGGCUCAUGUUUGAUCAACAUGACGACAGACCAGCUGACGAGACUAGUGAGUGUAGUGGACGGCCCCAUCCUGCGGCUUUGUGACUUGGUGCAGCAAGUGAAGGCAUGUGCUGGUGCCUCCAACAGAGAGGCCAGUAACCAGUGACCUGUGACCUGUAGAUAUCAACUGCUUCCAUCUUCUGGAGAGUGUCAUGGCUGUCACCAACGUUUCCUGGCCUGUGUCGUUGCCACAGUAGAACGUGCUAUCAUGAUAGGGUAAAAUGUCAUCAAAUUCAAAUUCUCUGAACCUUGAUAUUUGUCCUGGAUUUAACUACCUGGUUAUUACAAUAUAGUUGUGUUCUGAUGGGUUUUUUUUAGUUUUGCAAGCAUUUAAUCUUGCCCUUUUCCUAUUCCUUAAAGUAGAAAAAUCAUUAAAAUUUUCAAAUCUAUAUUUUGCAAUAGAAUGGGGAAAAAAAUACUGCAGGUCUCUAAUUUACACCAUAUGGUCUGAGUGUUGCCAGUUCUCUGUUGCUGUAUACCAGGCUGGUCUGUACUGGGCCAUGUGUGAAGGAUGAGUUUUCGGUGCCAUGUUGUUUGAAGUCAAACUUAUCCUGAGAGAACUCCUUAUUUUUUUUUUUUCCAUCAUAGAUAGUUGUCUUUGUACGUGUAUUUUUCCAUGUUAUGGGUGCUGUACCACGCUAUGCACUGACAAUUUAUGUAUCAGAUAUCUGCCAUACACCAAGAAGGAUCUGUACAUGUUGGUGUUAUUCAGGUGGGUACUUGCCAAGAUUGCCAAUAGUUUCAAUCUGCUUCUUCUUCAGGAGAUAAGGUACAAUGGAGUCCGCAUAAACCGAACACAGUAGAUCUGAAAAUGGCGGUAAGCCAAAAGAAAAUAGAAUCCCUGAUUAUUUUUUUCCUUCUAUUUGAGCGACCUCUCUAAACGGAAACCCAGGCUAAACUUAAGAAAAUCCACUGAUCCGGCACAUUUCGGUUUAAGCGGGCUCCCCUAUAUAUCAAUGGUUGCCUUGCUUUCAAAUUUUAUUCAUGGGGACAGAAUGCAAUGCAUUGAUAAUUUAAUACUUCAAAUGCUUCAUGCACUCUAAGUUAAUUUCACACAGGACUUGGGAGUGCAGAUGUUGUCAGUAGAAGUGACUUCUGACAGAAAGAUUUGUUAAGUAUUUUUGGUGUGCUAUUUAUUUUACUAUGCAUAUCUAGGCUUUGUUGAAGACGGAAAUUGAACCAAAUUGUGAUGGCGAUCUUCCGUUCUACAGAAUGACUUUUAUCCUCCCUCUUGCUAGACAAGAGGACUGGACUUUUCUUUCUUUUUUGUUACCAUUUCUGGAUAAGAAAGAUUCUGUAUUUCUGAUUAUGAUGUGGAAAUGUGCUUAUUGUACUACCAUCCUACAGAUUUGCUUACUUUUUGAGAACACAUUCUGUUUCUAGUAUUGUGUACCUAUUAGUUAUUAGCGUCAAGUCUUAUCUUAUUCUUAUUGUUUCUAUAUUUUGUAGAAGUAGACCUAUAUUUUACUGCAAUUUUUGUUUUAUUUGUGUUCUGUGCUUCUGUACCCGUCUGUAUGUCUUAUGUCAUAGUAUUGUAGACUGUAACGUCCACACUCAUAUUUCUGUAGCACUUUCUUCUGAAGGCUCAUUCUAAGUUUUUUGUAUCGGGAUGUCUUGUUUUGGGGUGGGGGUGUCAGAGGAAUUGAGCAUUAAAUGUGAAAUGAGCUGAGCUUUUAGAUACUCUCUUAACUCUAAUGAAUAGGAAAAUGCAGAGGCUGUUCUUUAGAAAUGUAGCCCUACAUAAUAUGUGUCAUCGCUCAGUGGAAUCAGGUGCUGGUCAAAUUUGUUAACAUGUAGAGUUAUUGAUAUUAUCUUAAAGCUCGUUCGUUUGUCUUGCUUCCAACGAAAAAAAUAUUUGAUUUGCGAUUGAAAAAGGUGGGGUUGCCUGGUUUCAGAAGUAAAAUUAGCGAGAGAAUGCCUGUCAAAAUUUGGUCAUCUCCAUAUAGCUUAGAAACUGUAGAUUUAUAUUUUUUGUGCCUUUAAUCAUUUUACCUUUUGAAUCCACAUUGAAAUAUGUUUUUCAAUGGACAUUAAAGGUGUUGGGCCAAAAUGCAAUAAUUCUAUAAAAAUUGCCAAACGAGGGGGAAAAUGCGGGGUUUUUUCUAUUACAUUUUUUGACGAGCACCUGAUUUCACCACAAUGCCUCACAUAUUUAUGUAAUAAUUGACUCAUAAAGAUGAACCUUUUUCAGUUGGCUGCAAAUUUUGUGGCUUAAGAGAAUUAAGAGAAUCACCAUUAUACAUUAUACUGGCAUUUUCUGUUGUUGUUUUGGUUUAGGUUUUAGUAGUAUUUCUUUUCUUCGUUCAGUUCAAUGUUUGGAGGUAUGCAUCCAUUUGCUUUCCUUUGUAUUUCUUAUUUUUAUAUGUGUGUACAUAUCUGGCACUGUUGUGUAUUGUACAGGAAAGUGAUGAUGUACUGAAAUUGAGAGUAGAAGAUGAAGACAGUAGAAUUUUAUUCACUAAAUAAUACUCUAUAGUUUGUUCACUUUCAUUUGGCCGCAGUUAAAACAAGGUGAAAUGAAACCGUUCUGUUUAAUUAAUCUAAUCAGGUCUUUGUGUAUGGGUCUAAAAGCUGGAUGACCAACAGAAUCUAACGGACAUUUCUUAAAUGUCACUGCAUACUAAGGAAUUGACAUUUUUUUAUUACUUAAUCAAGAUAUAUUAUAAAAUAUUUUUGUUUGUUUGCUGGUCUGCAAAAAUGCAAU